ACGCGCGCGUUGGUGACAUCCAGCGGCGCGUUUGCUGCUCUGUGUGUGCAGAAGUGUUGAUUGGCAGUGCGCACGCGCUCUGAAGCUCAGCAUUGAGCCUUGGAGGAGUGCGCGGUCUCCAGUAGUGUCGGAUCAGAUGUUCCUGAAGUUCAGCACAUCAGCUGUUGCUCUGUAUGUGAUGGUGCCGUGAUAUCAGUCCGAUCUGGCCCUGGUCAGCCCGCUUCGGUCCGGGUCAGAUCAGCCUCUCACCGGCAGCAUGGCAUCCGGAGUUGAGCUCGCGCUCUCGGCUCUCCGCGUCGUGAUGAUGCUCGCGGUCUGCUCUGGUGACAGUCUGUUUAAUGAAGCAAAUCCAACCAAUCAGCUGGGGCCUUUUGGUAAAGUGGAACGCUAUGGCUCUACAGAACCGUGGCUUCUCAUCGGUGGGCAGAAAAGAUCAAUCAGCCUUUUGCCAUCAAUGGGACAUCCUGCAUCACUGAAGCUCCAGAUUGAGGCGGAAGGCAAACAGCUGCUGCUCAUUCUACAAAAAAAUGACGGGCUUUUUGCCAGUCACUACACAGAAACACACUACCUGGAUGGAGGGAUGCCCAUCACCACGUCACCCAGCUCCAGAGUAAACUGUUACUACCAUGGAGAGGUGAAGGGCUAUCCGCAAUCCGACGUCAUCCUCAGUACCUGCACAGGACUCAGAGGGCUGAUCACACUUAAAGAUAAAGUGUUGGUGCUGGAGCCAGCGCAUAAGCCCAACAGCACUCUACAUCAUGUCUUUAGAGGAGAGCAUCUGACCUUGAAGCAGGGGACAUGUGGACAUGGACACAAUGUCUCCUAUACUACAGGACUCUCAGACACUAAUGGGGGCUUCUUCAGCUCGCAUGGUAACAGGUACAAAAGACAAGCUCAGAGCAGCACUAAAUAUGUUGAACUGAUCAUUGUAGCAGAUAACCGAGAGUAUCAGAAACAGGGCAAGGAUCUGGAGAAAGUGAAACAGAGGCUGGCUGAGAUCGCCAACUAUGUGGACAAGUUCUACAGAGCACUGAAUAUCCGUGUGGCCCUGGUAGGCUUGGAGGUGUGGAGUGACUCAGACAAAUGCCCUGUCUCUCAGGACCCAUUCACCACACUGCAUGAGUUCCUGGACUGGAGGAAACUCAAGCUUUUACCACAAAGACCACAUGAUAAUGCCCAGCUUAUCAGUGGGGUGUAUUUUCAGGGCACCACUAUUGGCAUGGCUCCCAUCAUGAGCAUGUGUACGGCCGAGCAGUCGGGGGGCAUUGUCAUGGACCACUCUGAUAACCCCCUUGGAGCUGCAGUUACUUUGGCUCAUGAGCUGGGACACAACUUUGGAAUGAACCAUGACACACCCGAGCGGGGGUGUGGGUGCAGGGUGACAGCGGACAGAGGCGGCUGCAUCAUGACUCCUUCAACUGGGUACCCCUUCCCCACUGUGUUCAGUUCAUGCAGUAAGAAAGACCUGUUGGUGAGUUUGGAUAAGGGAGUGGGUAUGUGUCUCUUCAACAUGCCUGAGGUGAAGGUGCUCUACGGAGGACAGAAGUGUGGCAAUGGAUACGUAGAAGAGGGGGAGGAGUGUGACUGUGGAGAUCUCGAGGAAUGUAUGAACCCAUGCUGUAACGCCAGUACAUGCACUCUGAAGUUGAAUGCAGUGUGUGCACAUGGCCAGUGUUGUGAAGACUGUCAGCUGAAGCCUGCAGGUACACUGUGCAGAGAGUCCGCUAACUCAUGUGAUCUGCCGGAGUUUUGCACAGGUUCUGACCCUCACUGUCCCUCUAACGUUUACCUGCACGAUGGUCACAUGUGUCAUGGUGUGGACGGACACUGCUACAAUGGCAUCUGCCAAACACAUGAACAGCAGUGUAUCACACUCUGGGGUCAAGGUGCAAAGCCAGCUCCAGGCAUCUGUUUCGAGAGGGUGAACUCAGCAGGAGACCCAUAUGGCAACUGUGGAAAAGACUCCAAGGGCUCAUUCGCUAAAUGUGAAGCACAAGAUGCUAAAUGUGGGAAGAUCCAGUGCCAGGGCGGGGCGAAUCGGCCAGUAAUCGGAACUAAUGCAGUUUCCAUAGAGACCAACAUCCCGCUGCCGGAAGGUGGCCGUAUCCUGUGCCGGGGGACACACGUGUAUCUGGGUGAUGACAUGCCUGACCCAGGGCUGGUACUGACUGGAACCAAGUGCGGCAACAACAUGAUGUGUCUGAAUCGGCAGUGUCAAAACAUCAGCGUGUUUGGCGUCCAUGAGUGUGCGGCUAAGUGCAGCGGACGUGGGGUGUGUAAUAAUAAAAAGAAUUGUCACUGUGAAGCACACUGGGCUCCCCCUUUCUGUGAUAAAGCUGGAUUUGGAGGCAGCGUGGAUAGUGGACCAGUGAGACAAGCAGAUGGGGAGAGUAUAAAAGUGGGCAUCGUGGUAGCAUUCCUGUGUUUGCUCUGCGUGGCCAUGAUCGUCUGCGUUAAGAGGAAGACUCUGGUCGGCCUUUUCAUCAAUAACAAGAAAAACAACAUUGAGAAGCUAAGGUCAGUGGGACCAAGCAGGCUGAUCAGUCAAGGACACACCCUCUCAGCCCCUGAGACACAAGCACAGUCCUCAUGCAGAGCAUCAUCUCAUUGUCAAGCUCCAGCCAUACCACAAAGUAGCAGCAUAUAUAAGCCCCAGUGUUCUCGCCCGGUGUUGAACUCUGUUGUUGGAUCUCACACUCUCCGUGCUCUGCCCCAGUGUUCUCCACUCCACCUGAGCCCACUGUUACCGUUGCCCUUUGCCCCACCAACCCAACGUGCACCUCCACCACCCCUGCCACACACACCAUCACCCUGUCACAGAGAUCCUCCAGCACUGCACACACACUCCAACCUCCACACUCCAGCACGCGGAGCCUCCCUCCUCACCUUAAGCUGCCAGAACACCUGCAGGAUGGCCAUGGAGUUAGAGAAGCCAAGCCCGCCUCAGAAGCCUUUACCUGCUGACCCGUUGGGACGGAGCUCUCGACUGGGACGAAGCCCCCUAGCAGCACAUUUCCCUGCUUCCAGCUCAACCCCGCCCAUUUUACAGUCCAGCAGACCGCCUCCUAAGCAGCCCCCCACAUUGCCAAAGCCUCAGUUCUUCACAGGAAUGAAGAAGCCCUGCAGCUGAGACAGAAGCCUUUGAGACCUGUGGUUCAAUCCUUUUUGCACUAAGAAACUCUGCUGGUCCUCAUGAACAGUGUGUCAUGACGGUCAUGAUGGCUUGAUGGUUCGAUCCCUCGGUGCUACGCCUCCCUCCUUCAACGGUGCUAUGAGUCAACACUCAGGUACACAUCGUACAUUAUUUAUGUUCAUCAAAAGUGUAUUUAUUUCAACAUUGUGUCAACAUUUUUUGUAGCAUUAUGCCCUGAUUUGGAUUGGAUAUUGAACUGCGUAAUGAGUCGAGUACUAGCAUGAUUCAGCAGUAUGGAGGGAGGCACUAAAGAGAUACUCUAACCUGUGAAAAUAAACUGAAGACUGUAAUGUUGGUGCUUUUUAUGCUAGAACUGGAACGGGGGGGAGUGUUUAGACGGGAACAGAUGUGCUCUGUUGCUGCAUAACAUAAUGUGACAUAGUCGUAACAUAAGGGUGACAGACUCAUCUCGGACCACCAUAUUGGGAAAGUUUGUGUCUGUGCAGUGAAGACAGCCAGGGGUUCCCCUUUCUGACACCAUACACUCUUGUUCAUAUAGACACACCUGUAGAGAACUUGAGAAACUAUACAUGGAUUUUCAUGGUAGGCUUUAAAGAGUACUAGAUUUGACUGUUGGAAGUCAGUUUAACAUAAUACACUGGUGUUUUUCCAAUAUAAUCCCUAUCUACUGCAAUUGGAGCAUACAGUUGAGAUCACGCGUUUACAUACGCCUUGCAGAAUCUGCUAAAUGUUCAUAAUAAUAAAAAAGAGAGAGCAUACAUUUCACAUAACAGAUGUUUAUAUAUAGUCCACAAGACACAAUAAUGAACCAGUUCAAAAGUUUACACACGCUUGAUUAUUAAUACUGUGUUGCUACCUGGAGGAUCAACAACUAUGUUUAUGUUUUGUGAGCGUUGUUCAUGAGUCCCUUGUUUGUCCUGAGCAGUUAAACUGCCCACUGUUCUUCAGAAAAAUCCUCCAGGCCCUGCACAUUCUUUGGGCUUAUAGCGUCUUCUGCAUAUGUGAGCCCUUUCCAACAGUAGCUGUAUGAUUUAAAAAAUUUUGUCAUUAAAGAUUUAUAUCCGUUGAAGUCGGGCGCAUGGUGGCACCUCACACCUCCAGGGUUGGGGGUUCGAUUUCUGCCACGGCCCUGUGCGGAGUUUGCAUGUUCUCUCCGUGCUGCGGGGAUUUCCUCCGGGUACCCCGGUUUCCUCCCCCAGUCCAAAAGACACGCUUGGUAGGCAUGUCCAAAUUGUCCAUAGUGUAUGAAUGGGUGUGUGAAUGUGUGUAUGUGAUUUGUGCCCUGCGAUGAAUUGGCGCUCUGUCCAGGGUAUACCCUGCUUUGUGCCCGAUGCUCCCUGGGAUAGGCUCCAGGUUUCCCCGUGACCCUGAAGGAUAAGCAAUAUAGAAGAUGGAUGGAUUUGUUGAAAUCAAAACAAUAAAAGUCUUAGAAUGAGAUAGACAUGAAAGUACUACCAAAGACACUCUUGUGAGUUUUAUCGAGCUUUCCAACACUGGAGAAGUUCCGGUCAUCACUAAUCUGUUGAGGUAUUUCCAUGCUUAAAGCUGAGCUGUAUUAACAAGUGCCCUUACACGUCUAUUAUAAGUAUAUUUUGAGUACCAAGUUUUCUUUUUCUUCUCAGCACAGGGAAAUUUUCUCAGUACAAGGCAACGUGUCGAAAUUACUAUCUGAAAUAUGCUACGGAUGUAGUUAAUAGAGAUUAGGUCGGAAAAACACCAGAGUAUUCCUUUAAAAUAUAAAAUUUUUAAUAAUCCCUCUUAUUUGAAUCCUCUCUCCCAGUGUGCCUGAAUAAUAUAAAGAGGUUUGCUUCACUGUUUAUGGUUGGUGAAGCUUACAGGAGGUGACAUUAAGACAUUUACACAGCAAGACCAUGAAAAUCAGUGAAAGGAUUUGCAGUGUUUUUAGAUUAUGAUCAUAUAAAAACUUGACAUCUGUAGCAAACUGGAGUGUGUACCCCAGGGAACUAUUUCAGCUGUGACAGUGUGUGUUUUCACUGAGCCUACAUUUAUUUGAAAUCUAGACAAUGUAGAGCUUUAUAUAUAUUUUUUAAUACUUAGCACGUACCAUCAUGUUACUGUGUUCUUGGCUUGCUUUUGUGUGAAAUAUGUUGUUUUUAAUAACCAGUGGGUGUCCACAGCAGUCACUAGCAUUUUUUGUUUUUCUUUUCACAACUGCUUAUAAAAUGGAUUACAUCAAGUGAUAUUUUUAGCUGUGUUUUCACUCCUACACUCGUAUAACUAAUACACCAGUUCAGUUUAUGAUUUAAGGAUUUAAAGUCUGAGAAUCUGUGCAAGUCUAGAUUCUUUUUUUUUCAAUGGUAAUCAUGGAGCACUAUAGUAUGUUAAUCAUAUUGCUUGUCUUGUUAUGCAGUCUGUAUUUCUGUAGUCACUUUUUUUUUUUUUAACCAUUUUGUAACUGUACACUUGUAUCAGUAUUUCUACACGGAGAAAUAAAAUAUGAUAUUCACUUUCUUUAUUUUGCUCAGUGACUGCGAACACGAACACAUUUUGUACGAUAACUCUUUGAUAAAUCAUAUGUGGUGGGGGUGGAAGUGUAAAUAUCAGUGUUUUGAUUACAAAUUAUGAACCAGCGUUAAAUAAAGUUGUCUAUGAAAAUGA